AUGGGCGACGUUGACGGCAUUGCAGACGGUGAUAAAAGCACUACGAAGCAAUCUCGACUCUCUGUAGCUUUAUGGAACUUCUCGUCGCAGUGGUUCUUAAUUCCUCAGGGCACAGGUAUUGUGGCUGUCAUCCUGCACAACCUCAAAUAUCAAUUCACUGGCCUCAACAUCAUCUCAGAGAUUAUUUGGGUGUACAACAUUGCCCUCCUGUCACUUUUCUCCCUGGCAUAUAUUCUUCGUGUUUUCCUAUACCCCCGGCAUGUCGCCAAUAUUCUCCGGGAUAGUAUCGUGGAGACUUCGUGCCUAUCAAGCAUCUCCAUUGCGUUCUCGACCAUUCUGAAAAUGAUCGUGCUCUGUCUUGUCCACAAAUGGGGUCCAAACUGGGGCAUUGUAGCGUCCGUGCUGUGGUGUGUCAACACUGGCAUGGCCCUGGCCUGCUGUUUUUUCAUCCCGUAUGUUCACGUCAAGAUACAACCACCGGGCAUCAAAUCAUUGACACCCACUGCGUUUCUCCCGCUCAUUGCCGCGCUCACAUCUGCCGCCGCCGGGGGAGUAAUUUGCGGUUAUGGGGCAAUCAGUGCUCGAAUCCAGGUGCCUAUCAUCAUCAUCUCAUACCUAGAAAUAGGCACGGCGCUACCACUAGCGAUGUCCAUGGUUGACGUGUUCCAAUCGCGUCUUUUCAACAAGGACUUCCCGGGUAUCGACCAUGUCUACGAAGACAUGAUCCUUUGCGGUCCGUUCGGCCAGGGUAGUUUCGCACUACUCAUGCUCGGUCAGGCGGUCCAAGGAGGGGCUUUUGCAGAGUAUCAUCGGGGCACCUUUUUGACAGCAGAAAUUGCGCCAGCGCUGUCUGCAGCUAGCCAACUGGCUGGUCUGCUGACUUGGGGAUAUGCCACUUUUUGGUGGUUUUUCGCUGUGCUCGGAAUUGUCCACACAUUUUUGACACAGCCGGGGGGCAUGCGACGAUCAAAAUUUUACCUGUCGACAUGGUCACUUGUAUUUCCAAUGGGAGUGUACACAAACGCGGCCGUGUUUCUGUCGAAAAUCAUGAAUUCAUCGGCUUUUGGCGUUUUCUCCGUGAUAUUGACAAUCAUGCUAGUUAUAAUCUGGUUGGUUAGCUAUGCUUUCACAAUAAAUGGAGUGAUAAGUGGUAAACUCUUGGGACUGGGCGGGAAUCCUAACAAGAGAGGUGCUAGACAUAAAACCCGAAACCCUGCUUAA